AUGUUAUCUGCAUUCACCGCGCAACCGCUGGUGGAGCUCAAGCCACGCGACAAAUCCAAAAUCGACUCGGUGCUCGCCUACGGCGACCGACUACUAGCCGGCCUCAACAACGGCACACUCCGCAUCUACCGUGUGACAGACGAUGGCAGGACCGAGCUACUUCGAGAGCUGGAGAAGUUCGCCCGAUACAAGAUCGAGCAGCUAGCUCUGGUCAAGGAGGCACAUGUCAUUGUUUCGCUGUCUGGUGGGUAUGUGAGCUUCCAUGACUCGCAGACCUAUGAGUUUCAGGAACAGCUUGCGCAGACAAAAGGCGCCUCGGCGUUUGCAAUCACUUCGAAUGUCGUCAAUGACCCCGAUACAAAUGUUCCUGCUAUUGUGUCCCGAUUGGCUGUCGCCGUCAAAAGGAAGAUCCUGAUGUGGGUGUGGCGGGAUAUGGAGCUGGAACCGAACACUACGGAGCUGAGCUUGGUGAGCGGGGUUAAGACGCUUACCUGGGUAUCAGCGACGCGAAUGGUUGUGGGACUGGGCUCGAGCUUCGUUAUGGUGGAUGUUGAAGGCGGGCAGGUUACCGAACUACCUAGUCCGGGGAGCUUGGAGGAAUCGGGUCGGUUUACGGGAGUCGGUGCAGCGAGCAUGAGCUAUAUUGGGAUGGGAGGCAUGGUACCUAAGCCACUUGCCUCGAGGCUACGAGAAGGCCAAAUCUUGUUGGCCAAGGAUGUGAAUACCAAUUUCAUCGAUGUGGAAGGUCAACCACUGGGGCGACGGCAGAUCCCUUGGAGCCAUGCUCCCAUGGAAAUUGGCUACUCCUAUCCGUUUCUCCUCGCGCUUCACGAUACAGCUAAGGGCGUUCUUGAAGUGCGAAACCCAGAGACACUAUCGUUAUUGCAAUCGAUCCCGCUUCCAUCAGCAAGUAUUUUGCACAUCCCUCAGCCAAAUAUCAGCCUUGCCCAUGCCGGAAAAGGGUUCUUGGUUGGAAGUGACCGGACAAUCUGGCGGAUGGAUGCUUUAAGCUACGAUACCCAGAUUGACACAUUGGUCGAGAAGGGGUACUUGGAUGAGGCUAUUAGUCUCCUAGGAAUGUUGGAAGAUGCUCUGCUCCGAGACAAAGCCGGCCGACUACGCACUGCACAGCUCGAAAAGGCCCAGAGCUUGUUUGCUUUACACAAGUACCGAGAGUCUUUGGACUUGUUCACUGAGGUUGCUGCUUCUCCUGAGACAGUCAUUCGUCUUUAUCCUCGGUCAAUCGCUGGUGAACUUUCAGCUGCCCCUGAGCAGAUGGACAACGGCUUUGACCCGAGGAGCUCUGACCCGAAGAUCAACGGCUCGCAAGCUGACGGUCCUGUGGAUCCUCCAGCCAAUGUAACCAAUGGGGCCAAUGGAGCUCACACUUCGUCCGUUUAUGCGCCGUCUGUCCAGUCCUUCCUCAGACGGGCUGAAACGAGGACUGAUGGGAGCAGCGACUCGGGCAGCAUCCGUGACGAAGAAAAGGAUCUGAAGAAUGCUGUACGUGAACUUCAAGGUUACUUGGCAGACGUUCGUCGGCGAUUCCAGAGAUUCUUGGCUCAGGAUGGUAGUCUCAAAGCUCCCGUGCCAACUGAAUCCAUGGACGAGGCCAGCGACUCUGUGCUGAAAUUGUUGGACUUUCCAGCCAGCGAAGACUUCCUGCCUACAAUUCGGGAAAAGGCACGACUCGUCGAUACGACCCUGUUCCGCGCCCAUAUGUAUGCAACGCCAUCACUCGCAGGGUCUCUGUUUCGCAUUGCCAACUUUUGUGAUCCGGAGGUGGUAAUGGAACGAUUGGAAGAAACCGGCCGGUACAACGAUCUAAUAGAUUUCCUCUACGGAAAGAAGUUACAUCGUCAAGCUUUGGAACUGCUUCAACGAUUCGGACAGGAUGAGGAGGGCGUGCUUAGUGGGCCAACGCGUACUGUGGCUUAUCUGCAGAACCUCCCACCCGAUCAAAUCGACUUGAUCCUCGAGUUCGGAGAAUGGCCGCUCCAAUAUGACCAAAAUAUCGGCAUGGAGGUGUUUCUGACAGACACAGAGAAUGCCGAGACCUUGCCACGUCCUCAGGUCUUCAAGUUCUUGCAGAGCGUUGAUUCCAAACUCGCCAUCCGAUACCUUGAACAUGUCAUUCACGAGUGGAAUGACAUGAGUCCGGAUCUACAUCAGCAGCUUUUAGUCUUGUAUCUUGAUCAGAUCAUAGCCGACAAGACUGACACCCAGACCAAAGAAAGAUUCUUGGACAUGCUCAAGGAAAGCGAGCAAUAUUCGCCAGCUAAAAUUCUGAACCGGCUGGACCGCGAAGAUCCUGAAUUCCACGAGGCACGAGCUAUUGUCUUCAGCAAGAUGGGCCAGCAUCGUCAAGUGCUUGAGAUAUACGUGUUUAAGCUAGAGGCUCACGAAAAAGCGGAAGAGUACUGCAACCAUGUCCAUUUGACUGAAGCUACCGAAGAGAAAGAACCAGAGCAAUCCAUCUAUCUCACAUUGCUGUCGCUCUACCUGGCCCCACCACAUGGCUACCCAGCCCAAAAUGGACCCGCAUUGGCCUUGCUCGCCAAGCACGGCUCCCGAUUGCCCGCUGAUGCAGCUCUAGGCUUGAUCCCCGCCACACUGGCCGUGCAGGACCUCGAAUUUUAUUUCAAGGGCCGAAUGCGCGCAGCAAAUUCCGUCUUCAACGAGGCACGCAUCGUAGCGAGUCUGCGAAAGGCACGCGACAUGCAGACCGAGGCCCAACUCGCACUCGGCGAGAAUGUUCGAGGUGGAACCCGGGCGCGACACGUUACGAUCACGGAAGAGCGGAUCUGUGGCGUGUGUCACAAGCGCUUGGGAGGGAGUGUAAUCAAUGUGUUCCCCGACAACACUGUUGUUCAUUUGGGUUGCGCGAAUCGAGUUGCGAGUGUUCGUUCCGGGUAG